AUGGUUGCCAAAGCUAAAGAGUGGAUGGAAGUGAAUGAAUUUGACUUCAUUAUCACGGGCGAGGUUCUCGGACAGCGACCGAUGUCGCAGCGGCGAAGCACUUUUCCGGUCGUGGCACGAGAAUCGGGAGCCUUUGAUAGACUGCUUCGCCCGUUAAGCGCAAAGCUACUAUCGCCAACUUUGCCGGAGCGGGCCGGAUGGAUAGAGCGAGACAAGCUCUACGAAAUCUCCGGACGGAGCCGCAAAAAACAGAUGGAACUCGCCGAGCAGUUUGGCAUCAGCGAAUACUCGCAACCUGCCGGCGGAUGCUGUUUUCUAACCGACGAAUCGUAUUCACGAAAACUGCAGGAUUUUUGGGAUCACCGAAGCGAUAGAAACUAUGAACUCGACGACAUCAUGCUUCUCAAGGUCGGACGGCACCUGCGCCCCAAGACCGACUGGAAGCUCAUCAUCGCCAGAGAUUCGGGUGAAACCCAGUAUCUGAAUGGCUACCGUUCCAAGUUCGCGCAUUUUACAAUUACGAGUCAUUCCGGCCCGAUGACUCUCGUCGAUGGACAAAUUCCCGAUGAAGAUGUGGAAAUGGCAGCCCAGCUGAUUGCCCGAUUCGGCAGCUCGAGAAAUGCCGACCGGGUAAUGGUUCAAUUUACCGACCUGGAGGGCAACGAACGCAUGCUGACUGUCUCUCCUAUGAAACCAGCAGAGAUUCCGCAGCCAUGGUACGUGUAG